AAAGAUUGUGAAGUACAAUGUUAGGGCGUGUUGUUAUUGAAUGUGUGGGUUGAACAGUUCAGGAAAUGGGUCACACCCUGCUUUGACGUUAAUCUAUCUGGGAGAAGCUGUGCAAACAUUGUUGCGGUUACUCGGAGUUUGUGUUGCAAGUGACAAGGAAUUAUUCAUUGUAAGCCUGUCGAGGUGAGGAAGUCAUGCGUCAUGGCUUCUAUAAACAACCCUUCUGUGGGUAUUUACAGUAAUGGUGGAGCCGAUCCAGGUUCAGGUAAAAAUGUUCCAAAAAGUGCAGCAGAAUCUGGUAGCGUACGCAAACCUUCGUAUCUUGGCUUGUCAUGCUCUGUGAGUGGAUACGGGAGGGCAUCUGCAUACGGACUGCGCUCGAGAGAUCACAGCCCAGCACCAACAUCUGUUCAGCCUAGACUUAGCACACCAGUGCAAGCCAUGGAUGGUGCAGUGUGUGAUGGGAGAUCAUCAACCAGAGUCAAUGGUCAUGUCCAGAAUUCUGAUGAUCCAGACUGCAGUCAUCCCAUUAUGGCUGUGCCUGGAGCGGUUCGUGUUAUUGAAUUGGAACUGGCUACUCAGCAAAAGGGUUUUGUGCAGCAUCAGCAAGAGCCAGAUUCUCCUGCAAAAUCUGUUGUUCAGCAGAGAGUUGAACGGCUGUAUGGGCCUGGUGCCCUGGCCCAAGCUUUCUUAAAAAGAAUGAGUGGUUCGGUGCCAAAAUCACCUACCAUUGAUGAUGAUUCACAGGUGUCACCUUCGGAAAAUGAUAUUAAGGUGGUAUGUAGUUCUUCACCCCCAGCUCUGCCUGUGCUGAGGCAUCUAAGACCAGAGUUUCGUGCUCAGCUUCCUAUAGGCAGAACCCGGCGUGUCCCACCACCGACUCCCCAAGAGUCGGAGUUGGCAGGAUCUACCUCAGAACAACAACCUCCUCCUGACUUACGACCAGCUGCUCCUGAUGUUGUACUUCCACGUCCCACUCUGACUCCUCAUGAAUCAACUAUCAGGGAUGGCCAUUUCUUCCUGAAGCAAGUGCAUCAGGAAGUGGAAAGGCUGCUGUCGCUGGUGAGAAAGACUGAAAGUGAGCUGGAAAACAAUGAAAAAUUGAAUGAGGAAGCAAAAGGCAAGCUCCGGGCGGCAGCUGGUCAGGCUGGCCUUCUCGUGCGUCAGAAAUUGCAGCAAUUUGAAGGCCUGUGUCAAAAGAACAUUACACAAAGUUCAGAUGAGCAAUUCCCAACUACAAAUGAAGACCUGGAGGGUUUUUGGGAUAUGGUAAAACUUCAGGUGGAUCAUGUUGACCGCCUUUUUGAAGACAUUGAGAGGCUUCGUGCUGCCAACUGGAUUGAGGAGCAACCAACAGUGGUGAAGGGUGCGACUCAGCGUCGUCGUGGCACACAACGCAAGUCCAACUUGACGACAACUGCACGAUCUGCUGAUUCGAGUGGAACUGUAGAAGCAAUCCGUAAGGCACGAGAUGAUGCCCGUCGCAAGAUGAUGGAAGAUCGUCGCCGUGCUGCUGCUGCUGCUGCUCGUGCCUGCCAGCAACAGGAUGAUGCACCAGUACAAAUCUUCCAAUAAAAUUUCUCGGCUCUCGUACAGUAUCUGUUUAACCAGAACCUGUCUUCAGACUGUUGAGUUAAUGUGUUAAAUAUGGAAAAGAUAUAAUGUGUGAGGAGAGUGCUGUUUUAUUUUGUGUAUAAAAGUGGAUUUAUUUGGUAGGGGAGGGGGGGGGGGGGCUAAAUGUCUCAGCAACACAGGCUGACAGUAUUAUUUGUGUUGUAAUAUGGCUUGCUGUUAAUUUCAGUAGCAUAGUGAAGUUUUCACUGGAGUUGUGUGGCUGUUAAUUUCUGUUUUAGGAAUGUGUUAGCUGGUGAUUUAUGAUCCACUUUCUCUUUUCGGCAGCUGUUGUAAUGUUAAAGAUUAAUGCGGUGGUGUCACACAGUAUUUUUAAUUUUUUAUUUUAUUUUGAGACUGCGUGUAAGUAAAGCCAUGCAAAAGGAAUGCAAAACUAUUACCCAGCUGAAGUCACAUAUUGUUAAAUUAUAAACAUUGUCCUUUUACAUGACUGUAUCAUUAAUGCUUUGAGUGUUGGCAUUGUAUUUUUUAAUUAUUAUUUCUGUUGUUAUUAAUACAUUUAUCUUGCAUGAGUUGUUGUUGGUUCAAGUUUGCUCUGUGCUGUGAGACUGUUAUUAGCAUUCUGUCUGCCAGACUGCUGAAUAAGUGACACACUAUUUCCAGGCCAAAAUCUGCGGGUAAAAUUCUUAAAAACAUGAAUCUGAUUAGAAAUACGGUACAUGUUCGAAUGUUUUGUUACUCUUGUCAUAUAUAGCUCUACAGCUGUGUAUUUGUUAAGACUCCCAAUAGUUUCAGUUCUGAUAUGGGUCACAGGGAUAAACACAGAUAACCUGUUAAAGUGGGACGAAUUAAGGAAGCUUGUGGAAAAGUCGGAAACUUUAUCACUUGGUAUGCUUUUUCAGUGUUUGUUGGCAGAAAAGAUGGGCAGAUGUGUGGUUGCACAUUUUGCAGAGAUUUAACAUGUUCCAGACCAUAUUAUAAAGAAGAAAGUAAUAUUUUUCGUUGUAAACCGGUGCAUUGUCUUUAAAGGCUUCAAAAUGCAUUUUUUUAAUGACUAAUUUGGCCACAGUUGGGUAAUAGCAAUCAUGCUAACCAAAUUGUGGCUAUAACCUGAAUGUGGAUGUAACGUAAAGUUGUGGGUGCAACUGCAAAAAAUGUUUGUGGCUAAAAAUCUUAUUGUAAUGAUACAGCUUUCAGUGGGGUUGUUGACAUUGUAGGUACAAAUAGUCUAACUGCAGUGCUGAGUGAUUUUAUUCUUUCACUGUCCAUGUAACAUCUCUUCAGGUAUGUAGUGAUCUAGAGAAAAAUUACAUAAACAAUUAGUACAAAUAUAGGGUUUGCUUUAUUUUGUGAUUGUGGUGUAGCAAAGUUUAAAUUUGACCACCCGUGACUGAAAUACUUUGAAAUUUUUAGUAAAGACAUUUUCCACUCUGACCUGUAAAUUUAUUUAUUUGUAUUGGUGAUGAUAUUGGUUUCAAACUUUGGGUCAUUCUCAAGUAAAUGCUGAGUAGUAUUAAUGUAUUGUAUGCAACAACUCUAUAUAUUGCCAAUAUCUUGAAAGGCAUGUAAACCAUUAAUCAUCCAACAACCAAAAUUAACUUCACAAAUUGGUACAUGUCCAGACAUAGUAUAAAGCAUAUUGUCAUCCUGUCAUGUGAGAAAUUACUGUAGAUGGCAGAAAUGAGGUCACUUUUAAAAUUGUGUACAGGUUAUAAAAUUUUAUGGUACUACUACAUCUGAACUUUUGGGCCAAUGUGUCCCCCCCUUCAAUAUUAUUGUUAAUAUAGUGAUUCUGUUACCUGUGCUGUUAGAGUGGCUAAUAAAUACUAAAAAUUUGCCACUUAAAUAAUGAUGCCAAGGUCUUGAUUGCACAAUAAAUUUAUUUAUGACCAUUUUAUGCCUUCAAUGAAACUUUUCAAACUGAGCAAAUGGGUCGUCAUGUUAUAUGGACCAAUGUUUCUGCCACUGUUGCAAAUGUCCAUCUUGUGUAGUGUUGUUUAAUCCUGCUCCUAGUUAAAUAUACCAACAAAAAUAAUCAAAUUUUGAAAAUCUAAUGUAACUGAAUAUAUAAAGAAUCUAAUAUUGUUAUAAUCAGUAUUUCCUUCUCAUCCCAUCCGGUAAGUCUCCCCUGACCUGGGGCUCUGGAUGACUUCCAAACACACUCCGUUUUGUAAACCUCAUCAGUCCUGUUUCUUUAUCACUCUCUCUGUCCCCUCCAACAGUUCUGCCAGGAGGAGCCACUUUCUCUGAUUAUAUGUGUAUGUUCUCCUGCUGCCAAUUUGUGGGUGGAUUUUUAUCCAUCCAUUGCAUUGUGUGCUCCUAGUGUCACUCUUUCAAGCAUAUAAUUGAAACUUAGUUUUCGAUUGGAUAGCAGAAUUGGAGAAGUGGGUACUGACAUCUUUUAUUUAAAUGCUUGUUUGGUGAUAUUGACAAAUGAGGGACAAGCCAGUACAGUAACACAGUACUGCUCACAACACAGUAUGUUAUGUGCUCUUGGUAGCGGUCUUUACUGUUGCCCCUGAUAAGACUGCCUACUGAAUGAUGUUGACCCAUAGGCCAGCUACUGAUGUGUGACCCUGUAUUUGUUGCCAUGAAUUUAGUAGGUCACUUCACAAUUCCUCUUACGUGUUAAGCUAUUAUUUAAUCUCCCAAAAAGUGUACUUAUGCUGCUCUCAUUAUGUCUGCCCUCCAACAAUUUACUGUGUUUUCAGAACUGUAUAUAGCCCUACAUGUUUAACUUUCUUUAUUAUCAGAAUGUUUGGUAUGUUAAAAUACCACACUUUCUGAAGAUGAACACAGUGAAACUCGUUAAGUGGUGUGAAACUGAGUUUGUGACAGAUUUUGCCCUAAUUAUUAAAGUGUUGAGGGGAAUGGUAACUAACCUCUACUGAAAUGUUAUGCCUUAGGGUAAUUAACAAACUGGACAUAUGAGUAAUGAAAACAAUAAUAUUGGAGCUGUUUGAGUGUGUCAAUUUUCUCUAAAUAAAACCCACAAGGAUGAUACCAUGAGUUAUAAUGGGUGUGCCUCAUUAGUUAGGUGUGAUUUCUCUGGUGUUUAAGCAGUUAUUUACAAUUCUGUUUCUGCAAUGUGUAUAUGGAGUAAGCCCAAACAAACACUGCUUAUCAUGUCUUUUAUGUAGGACCAGUAUCAACGGAAAAUGUCAGUUUGUUUCCUCUUGCAGACAAAAUUAUUUUCAAAGCGGAAUUUUACUUGCCUAUUCAAUAAUGCAGUCCCAAGUUAGUCUAGUGUGACAUUUGUUUUAUUGAUACAUAUUAACAGUGACAGUAAAACCAGAAAUAGCAGUACUCUAGCAGUGAAUGAGAAGUGCUGCUGUGUGGUAGUAGCAGUUGGUGAGGGUGUUCCUGUCACUGUUGGAGGACUGGUUAUUGUUUGUGUUGUAUUGUUGAUAUUAACACACAUUGAUAAAACAAAUAUUGCACUAGGCUAAUUUGCAGCCUCCCUAUUGAAUAGGGAUGUAAAAUUCCACUUAAAAAAAUAAUUUUAUUUGUGAUUGUCAACAGAAAGUGCCCAUUUCCAAUGUGCAUUGCAUGAAAGAUGUGAUGAGCAGUAUUUGUUUUGGCUGACCUCUACUACACAUUGCAAAAAUGAAAUUGCAAAUAUCUGCCAAAACAGCAGAGAAAAUGUGCAUGAUGAAUCUUAGGAGGGAUGCCCCGUAUAUGUGGCCUUGUUUUAAAGUGAAAAUUGUCUGUGCCCAUUUCGAGAGAUAAAGAUGUAUAAAAUUAUGAAACGAUGCUUUUAAUAACAUAAUGUAGUAGGAUAUGACUGACUGGAAUUUGUGGUAUUUUCACUGAGCAGUCUAGAUAGAAUUUUCACUCCUUUGGUCAGUUCAUUUUAAUGUCGAGGAAACAUCUGUGAUAAUAAAACACAUUCCCUUGUGCUUUGUCUCAUUCCUAAUAACAGCUGCAUUAGUUCUUUCUUUUUGCAUAUGUAACGAAAAUGAGAUUUUUAGUCUAGUUGUCAGCUUAGUAAACACUUUUCCCAGGUAGGGUUAAGUGCUACAAUAUUGCAGUCUAUUUCCUGUUGUUUUUUGCAGAAACUUCUGUGUUGUCCCUUACAGCCAGUCUGACAGUAACAUAGUAUCACUGUUUUAAAGUUAAAAAUCAGUUUUGUUCAGAUGCUUAUGAUACUUGUAAAUAUGGAGGUAUAUAACAGGAAAUUUGUGAAGUACUCUAUCUUUUCUAAAUGAUGACUGUUAACUGGGAGAUCUUUCUGAACUGAAGUAUUUAUGGGAACAAUGUUAUUCGUGAUAUACUCAGAUAUUUUUCCUGUGUGUAUAUAAUUUCCUUGGGGAGUAAUGUAAGGGGAGGGGAGGCGAGGAGACUGCUAGGAACAGCCCUGACAGUUAUAUGUAACACAAUAUGGCACUGGUAGUUACUCUUGGAAUCACCUCAUAGUCGCUUUUAAGUUUUCUAAAUCUAGCAUGCCUUCUAGUUAAUAAUUUUGUUCAUUAACCAUACCGGCAUUUAGCAUGGCUGUUUUCUCUCUCUUCAUUGGGUGUUUUAAUUGGCAACCUAAACUUGAUCAAAUUUCUUCAGUGAAAAACUGAAAAAUUGGGACAUAGCUGAAAAUAAGUUUUGAAAAUAAUUUUCUGUUUUUAAUAUUUUACAUUUUUGUUAAUACUUACAGUUUGCAGAUUAUUUACUUCGUGUGAUUGGUUUUUAGAUUGGAGCCAUAGAUAUGGAUUUCUCAGAUUUUAGCAGAGGUGGGAGAGUAUCAGACCAGGAAUCGGGAGGUAUGGGUUUCAGUUCCCUGUUGGUCCUUGGAUAUUUGUCAUCACUUCUUUCAUAUCUAGAAAUAAUUCUUGUACUGAUUUGCACUAUUUCAGAAUCGUUGUUCCACUGUAGGUUCCCCUUUACUUUGCUGAAGGAAUCAGUCCAAAGUUUGGAGCAGGAGCAGGCUAGUAAGAGCAUACCACCUCCAUUAGUACUGCAGUGUUCAAACUAACAUUAAUGUUGAAGAGGUUGCAGUAAUGUGAAAUAGAUGAAACAUGUUUAUUUGCUGUUAUGCUUUUUCAUGUUCUGUGCUAACAGUUGAUCUUCAGCAAGUAUCUAAUGGUACCUUCAGCCAAAUGGAUUAAGCAGUUGUUUAUUUGUAGAAUACUGUUCAACAUUCAGUUUACGUAAUUCCUCUGGUAGUUGUUCCAAAGGAAAAAGUCGUAUUGUUCAUAACUUACUACCAUUGUUAUUAGAUCUUCUGCAGUGAUUUAAACAAAUUUUCCUAUUGGUACACAGUGUUGAAACACUUUGGCAUAAAACUCCAAUUUUUAAAUUUAUAAGAAUUGGUUGGUUGAGCCUACCAUUGUUACUGUUUUAUAUGAAAACACAGUUCAGAUAAUUUUUAUGCUGUUAAUAUAAAAAGCUAUAUAAAGACUGAUAAUUUGUAUUUUAAAUUAUUAUCGAAAUAGAUGAUUUCAGAUGUACAUUUCAUGCAGUUGGAUUUGUUAAUUCUUUAUGUACUGUAUGUACUAUCUCUAGUAAAGUUUUUGCACAUGUAGUUUAAUGUACACAAUUUAUUUUUGAUGUAUUUUGAAAUUGCCAAACAAACAGUGAAAUUGUGUGUGUGUGUGUGUGUGUGUGUGUGUGUGUGUGUGUGUGUGUGUGUGUGUGUGUGUGUGUGGUGGUUUUAUGUAUGUGAUACGUGCUUUCUGUGUACAGGGUUAAAAGAACUGACUCAUAAGUCUGAAGAAAGACAAAUUUAAGUUCAAUAGUUUGGUAUAGUGUGCUGUAUGUAAGCAGGUGGCAGCACAGUGUGUCCUGUGGGGGGGGGGAGAGAGAGAAAGAGAGAGAGAGAGAGAGAGAGAGAGAGAGAGAGAGAGAGAGAGAGAGAGAGAGAGAGAGAGAGAGGAGGGGGGGGGGGGGGGACGAGAUGAGGCAUUGUGGUGGUGCCAGUAGGUUCUGUCUGUUCCACACCUCACACUGCAGCUGUCACCUGUCCUGGUAAAUGGCAAUGCAGGAGUGAUAGCUACAACUGUCCACUGUUUCUGCUUCAGACUCUGCUUAGCAAAAUUUAUAUGCUUGAAAAACUUUAGUUCUUGCUUCUUAAUAUAAUACUUAUCAUGUUUGCUUUGUCAUCUGAAGAUACUAUUGGCAUGAGUAUCACAUGGUAAACUGCUCCUUGCCACUGCACAUCACCCCACCACCUGCCUUCUUAUGUGCACACUGCUACAGCAGCAUUUAUAAAACCAUAAAGUUGACUUGAAACAUAUUACUGGGUGAAGAAUGUAGAUGUUUUGUGCAAAAUUUAUUAACCAAGUUUGGUUUUUAAGCAAUCUGUUUUGAUGUUAGUUCUUCAUGCAUCCACUUGUAGCAGCAGCAGCAGUAGUAGUAGUAGUAUUUAUUUCAGCUAUUAAAGUGAAACUUAUCAGUGGUGAGUAAUAAGCUCUUCUCCUCGGUUACAAAUAUUUGUUAUAACUUAUGUAGGAAAGUUUCCCUGGAGUUUAAAAUACAUUAAUGAAAUACGCAGUUAAAACACCAAGGUACUGGAAAAUGUCUUCUCUUGGCACCAGGUGUAUGUAUGUUCCAUAUCUUUGUUUCAGUUUAUCAAAUAAUGCCAUAUCUCUGCCUCUGGAUGGUUUAAAUUGUGCAGUGAUGACGCACAUGGUCCAAUGUAGUGUGUAGUGGUCAUCAUUAAUUUCUUUGGAAGAGCCAUAUGUUAGUUUGAUGAAAACUUUUAAUUUUAAUGUGAUUGAAAUUUACUUAAAAUUUUGAUUUUUCGCUGGAUAUUUAGUUGGUUGUACACAGAAGUAUCUACAGAAAUGUGAUAGAUCCAGUUGUGGAGGGGAAAAAGCUAAUGCUGUCUGAGAUGUUCAUUUUGAUACUAUUCUUUAAUUUUGUCAACACAGAUGAACCUUUUGUAUUUUAUGAGCAAGAGUUUGAUUCUCAGUAACAAAACUAUACUUGAAAAAUGGUGUAUGCUUAUUUAAGUUUCUUUCCAUUAUCUAGAGGAAUGUGCUAGCAAAAAAGUGGUGGUCUCUCUUUUUAAAGUAGUAUGGCAUACAGUCUGUUACUAUCUAGCUUGUGCCCUAGAGUGGCUAAUAUAAUGAAGAGUAAUAAUGUUCAAGCAAUGUCUGGAGGAAAAAACUCUAAAUUCCUUAAAAGUGUAGUAAGUUACUGAUUUUCAGUUGGCACAUUUUAUUCUGUAAUGAAAUUGCUCGUACCUUAUUAUUUUGAAGCUUUUCAUCCCGACAUUCUUCCUCAGUGAUUUUAGUCAAUAUGCAUCUGAGUUUAAUAUUAAUAUAAAUGACUACUUCAUUUUAUUACUUCUCUUCAUUAACUUGAGGAGAAUGAACAAAUGAAUUUCAGUAUAUUCUUGUAAACCCACAGCAAAUUAUUAUUUUUCAUGAAGUAUGGUAAAAUUUCAAUAUUUUUUUCGUGAUUCCCAUAAUACUUCUCAGGGUACAGUAUAAAUGUAAUUUUUUGUAUGUUUAAGAGCAAAGACUUUCUUGAGUUUAUAUUUAUAAAAAUAUUUUACUGGCAGUAUGUAGAUUGAGAUUAAGUUGCUUUUAUUGUUGUAGGAGAAAGGAACUGUGUUCAAUUUUUGUUUUUGAAAUAACAUGAUGCACUUAAUUGAAGACUUUAAAAUCCAAAUGUGAAGUGCAAAAAGAAAAUUGUGGCUAAAUGAGUGCUCUUACAUGCCCCCCCUCCGGGCUACCCCUGCUCCCCUCCCCCAAUUUGUCAUCCCUAUACUGUUUUAUUGGUGUUUGUCAUUGGCACUGUAAAAUAUUUUCAAAAUAAACAUGAAAAAUAUAUUCUGACAAUUGUCAGUAUUGUUAUAUUAUGCCUUAUGUCUCACCUAAGUGGUGAAACAGAAACACAUGCUGGUCAUGUAAUGAAAUUCAAAUGCGGGAGCUAGUAAUGUUAUUCUAGACAUUAAAUAUAUUAGAAACUUAAAUAAAAAAGUUUUCACUACAUUUUAUUGAAGUGGAAAAUAAAACUGUCCAGUUGAACCAUUAUAAAAUUUUUGUAACAACUGAAUUUCCAUUCUUUACAUGACUGACCACAUUUACAUGGUUAAUAGUUGCAUUCAAAUGCAGAGAUAUUAGUCGUAUGUUACACUAUUAAUGAAUGAAAGGAUUGUCAGAUCUGUUAUUACUUUCAGACAGGGUGUGCUGAAUGUCUAUUAACUUUUUGGAAGUUAGAAUACACAAAUGUCAGAGGCCACAAAUUUCUUUGGUUUGUUGCUACCCACCAAACUGUUUUACGGUAGGGAAGCAACAAAGCAGUAGUUUGAACAGUAAUGAUAACUUGAACUCCAGUACCUCCCACACCAGGAAUGAUUGUUUGCAGCUUUUACAUACUUAUUAUGAUAAGUGCUUUUAGAACUGGGGGAUUUAAUUAGAAGUGUAGAAUCCUCAAAAAAAUUUAAUCUCAUCUGGGUGACAUCUCAGUAAAACAUUUUCCCCUUUGCAAACUAUUCAUUGCCUUCAUUAGCUUAAUUAUUUUAUGAAGUGCCUGUGGACAAUUAAAAUUGCAUGUGUAUGAAACUUAAAAACAUUGUGCUUUUCUGCAUUAUCUUAUUAUUGAGAUGCUUAUCAGUAAAACUGAAACUGUGUAUGUGAUCAAUUUCUAGCUUUGAGGCUGUGCCAGUGCCUAAUGAAACUGAGUCAAUAAAGCAGGUAUUAUAAUGGACCACUGUGUGUGUGUGUGUGUGUGUGUGUGUGUGUGUGUGUGUUUUGUGAAGAUUAAUUUUUGUAUGCUGAAAUUCUUGACUGAGUUUAACUUGUGAUAUUAAUGUAGGUUGCAAAAAAAUGACAAUUUUCAUAUUACAUUGAUAUACAUCAUUGUUCUUUUAAAAAUGAUUUACAUGAAUAGACUGGGUUGCAAAUUUGUAUGUGACUUUGUUACAGUUGGUGGAAAAUAUAGUGGUCUGAAUUUUCGGAAUAUGUAACAAUCUUAAAAUUCUUUUUCUAAUUGCUUGCUUGCUUUGUGUGUGUGUGUGUGAGACAGAGAGAGAGACAGAGAGAGAGAGAGAGAGAGAGAGAGAGAGAGAGAGAGAGAGAGAGAGAGAGAGAGAGUGAGUGUCAUAAUUCUAGUUAUAUGAUGCCUGUUGAGUAAGUGUUGCUUCUGUUAUGUUCAGCAAGUCAUUAACAUGCCAAAUACUAAGAUUUAGCAUUUAUUGGUUUUGUAUUUUCAUAUUCAUUUGAAGUAUAAUGUGCUGAUUUUUAAUAAUAAAAUAGCUUCAUAUCAAAAAAGUGUGCUAUGUAUUUGAAUUGUUUGUGUGGCCUGAGGAAGGCAGCAUUUGGAUGACAAGUAAAGUGAUUAGUGAGUUAAAAACUUCUUUGUGAGUCAUGUGUUAGUAAAAUCUUUGAUUAGCAGAAAACUGAUAUUUGUCAAAUUUCACUUACAAAUGGUACCUAAUGGAGAAACUUGGUUUUUAUUGUGGAGGGAAAUGGCACAUUACAGAAUUAUGCUGUAAAUGGUAGUGUCAUUAAGCAUAGUGUUUUUUGUAAACGGUAUUGUACCUCUUUCCUUGAUCUUGAAACUAUAAAAAGCCAGGGAGAAAGUUUUGUUAGUGAUCAAAUAUGGCCAACAAAAACAUGAAACGAUACACAUGGACUGAAAGGUUAAUAAUACUACACAGCUGUUGAUAUAUUUUAGCAGUCUUAUAUAUGAAUGUGCGGUUGUCUGCAAAUUAUAAAAUGGAGUUUAGUGUUUUUACUAACUCUGGUUCUGUGUGUUUAUUAUACAAUUGCUGAGAAACAUAUUUUUAGUACUGGCAAUCCUCUACAUAGGUCAAGUGAAAAACUGAUUCAGGCAGUUACUAUAGCAACUUGUUUUGUCACAUAAUCCUUUAUUCAAAUCUGUCAAAUAAAAGCUUUAUGCCUGGAGAUUCAUUUUAUAAUAAUACAGUGUUUUUAACUUGAGAGCACGAUCUAAGGUACAGCACAGACUAACGUUUUUAUUUUGUGAUUAGUUUCAUUACUUUUACUCUAAGUGCAUUGUGUUAAUCAGUGUGAACAUUUGCAAAUCGAACAGUAAUCGUACUUUCAUUGAAAAAUAGUCUACAUGUAAUUAAACACAACUUUAGCUUUGAAAUGUGACAUACUUUCAGAUUAAAAAUAUGAAGCACUAUGCAUUUAAAGGGAGAUGAUUUUGUUGGUUGCACUGUUUAAAUUUGUUAACAAAGUUAUGUUUGUACAUA